UUAAAUAGUAUCGUACCAGAACACAAGAAAUAAAAGGUGGAUUUCAAUUGAAGUCUGCGCCUCCUUCUCUUCGAUUCAAACACCCAAAAGAAAAAAGAACGAUGGCGAUGCAGGCAGGGGUUCAGACCUCCAAAGUUCUAAUUCUGAUGGGCGCUGGUUUAACUGGUUCAAUUGUUUUGAGGAGUGGGCGUUUAUCUGAACUAAUUUCCCAGCUUCAGGAAUUACUGAAAGGCGUUGAUGAUGUCCAAUUCUCGCCUUAUAAGUAUGAUCACACCCUUCUUGCUGCUCAGAUUAGACAAUUGGCGCAAGAGCUCAAGGAUUUGACAACGUCCAAUCCGGUAACCAUUCUUAAUGGGAACUCAGGCUCCGGCGGGGGCAUUGCUUCUUAUCUUGUGCCAGCUGCAGCGCUUGGAGCAUUAGGAUAUUGUUAUAUGUGGUGGAAGGGCUUGUCAAUCUCUGAUGUGAUGUUUGUCACAAAGCAAAAUAUGAUGGAUGCUGUAGCAGCUGUGUCAAAACAAUUAGAUAAUGUAUCUGAAACAUUAAAUACAACAAAAAGACAUCUAUCCAGGAGAUUGGAAGGCUUGGACUGGAAAGUAGAGGAGCAGAAGGAAACAUCCCUUCUCAUCGCAAAAAAUGUUGACGACAUGAAAUCAAACCUUUCCGAAAUUGGUUUUAAUGUGGAAAUGAUUAAUAAAAUGGUAGCUGGAUUGGAAGGAAAAAUUGAGCUUCUUGAAAGCAAACAGGAUGUAGCUAAUUCAGGUCUUUGGUAUCUAUGCCAAUUUGCUGAAGGAGUUAAAGAUGGAGUGAAUACUAAACUUUUUCAGGAUGUUGGUGCGAAGCUUGCAAUCGAUUCAGCUGUGAAAUUUGAGGAGAAAUCGGUGAAGGGACUACAAUUCCUUACCGAAACCAAUGAGUCAGCCCCAAGUCAGAAACCAACAGUAGACCCCGACAAAACCGAUGUAGAUUCCCCUGUCAAAAAAGUCCCUACCAUGAAAACAAAGGUACACAGAUCAUAUCCAGUUGGAAUUUCCUGGGCCAGGGAUAUCAUAGGGUCUGAUACAUGAUUUUCCAGUUUCUUAUACGAUCAGUUUUGUGAAUAGACUUUUCUCCAUUUAUUUGCUCAUGAUGCAUGAGCAAUUGAGCAUUGUUCUUGGAAUUUACUUCCAUGCUAUAAUCUGUGUAUUCCUAUAUUGUUAGAGGGUGAGAGCGAAUGUUGGGGUUAUUGUAUUCUAUGGUAGCCUACAGUGGUUUGACCGGGCAUUCCAUUCUGGUUUUUUUCGACAUUGGAUGGGCGAUUAAAAAGAUUUAUAAUUUUCAUUAGAUGUACAAAAUAAGCAGAAAUGAUGUUGGUAUUUUGAUAACCUGAUAACUUCAGAUCAAGCAGUUUCAAUAUAGCUUCUUUAUUCUUCAUGGAUGAAAA